AUGUUUUUCGCUCCCACUGAGGGUGAUUUUUUUCCGGACAUGCUUGAGUGCCAUUAUGGCAGGCGCAUCCGUCCUUGGUGUCAGGGCCCGGGCCUCAUUGGAAAUCUUGACGCCAAUGGCCUGUCGGUCCCUUUUCGCGGUCCCGCGGCCCUCGGGGCUCCCGUUCAGCCUUGGCCAUGGCUGUGUCGGGGUCGUAGCCCCGUGUUUGCGCUCCGAGAAGUUGGCGAAUCCAGAGGCACUUGGCGCAACACCACAGCAGCUCUAAUGCACUUCUUCGCUGCCGCCGCAGCCUGCGCAAAGCCGAACAGCUGCGAAUUCGUCAGCCGCCUCAAUGCCGCCGCCUUCGUCUGGCCCGACAGCCCAGAGCCAAUAGUGGAAGCAUCUGGAGCAGAGAGGUCUUGGAGGCGAGUGGGGCCGGGCGCAUAA